AUGACAGGAUCUGCUAAUAUAAACUCUGUUCAUCAUGCGGCACCGAUGGUUUACAACAUACGUUUUCAAGGAUCAUGCGCGCUUAUGCAGACAUCAAAUUGGGCGCUCACACGAAUACUGAUCAAUAAUAAAGUGCUUAUCUCAAACCGGCUGCUGCCAAACAACGAUCAACGCCACGUAGUCGCACCUGAUCUUGGCAAAAAUAUCGAUGAAUCAGACACUCGAGGUGGAAGUAUGCAUGCCAGCGGGAGCACCACAUCUGUUGCUGCAGUGUGUUCGAAGUCGGAUCUGGUCUUAUUACCAGCGGGAACCCAUUUCAUCGGCGUUGGAGGGCGUACAACAGGUGGCCCGUUUCAUGUCUGGGGUGGAGAGUUGUUGGUUGAAGCCACUGAGUAUGAUCCACGUGUUCACAUCGGCCUGAGCUAUCCCACGAUUUAUUGA